AUGUCUACACUUUCUCUUUUACAAAAUGGCCACGGAAAUAUAGGAGGACGGUGAGCCCACCCUCAGGAGCCUAAACAAAUAAACACAACUUUGAUACGUCACAGGGCAAAAUGACUGUGCUGAAGAUAAAGUUCUCCUUCCAGCGGAGGGUGCGUUUGGCCCAGGGUCUGUGGCUGCUCUCCUGGGUAGCCAUGUUCACUGGGGUGGUCAUCUUCUCCUUGGGGGUAUUCCUGAAGACGGAACUCCUUCGCAGAUCUGAGGUGAUGCAUACCAUGGACAUACACAUGGUACCCAACAUGCUAAUGCUAGUGGGACUGGCAUCUGUGGGUAUUAACUUGUGCGCUGGCCGAAUCUGCCAGGACUCCAUGGACGUGGCCCGCUUCACGCGCUGGAAGAACUUCCUCACUCCUUUUUUCAUGGUGUCCCUGCUGUUCACUUCCCUGUUGCUGGUUGCCAUGUCAUUGAGCUAUGCCUUGCAACCUAGUCUGGAAGAGUCCCUGAAAAUUGGGCUGAAGAAUGGCAUUCGGUUCUACAAGGACACAGACACCCCAGGUCGAUGCUUCCAGAAGCAGACCAUUGACCGUCUGCAGAUGGAGUUCCAAUGUUGUGGUAACAGCAACUUCAAGGACUGGUUUGAGGUGCAGUGGAUCAACAACCGUUAUUUGGACUUCACCUCCAAGGAAGUGAAAGAUCGCAUGCGGAGCAAUGUGGAUGGCCGCUACCUGGUGGAUGGUGUUCCAUUCAGCUGUUGUAACCCAGCCUCCCCACGGCCCUGCAUCCAGGAGCGUAUCCUUGACAAUUCGGCCCACCACAACUACGAGUACCACAUCGAGGAACUGAACCUGCAUAGCCGUGGCUGCCGCGAGGCCCUUCUCAGUUACUACAUGGGUCUUAUGAAUACCAUUGGCCCGGGUGUCCUGUCCGUAUUCCUGGUUCAGAUGUCUGUGUUGGCGAGUCUUCGGUACCUGCAGACCGCCAUGAUCGGGGUGGAGGAGCAAGAGAACAUGGAGGUGGAGACAGAGGGGUACAUCCUGGAGAAAGGGGUGAAGGAGACACUGAACGAGGCCAAGGAGAAUCUGAAGAACCUCGUGCCAGGCUGGAAUGGAGGCCAGGUGGUGGACGAGGCCACGGAGGGAGACGCAGAGGCCGAGAAGGCAGCUUGACCAACCAGCUAAACAGAACCAGGAGCCACCAGAGCUGAUGUGGGUGGACAGAUGGGAUCGAUGGGACUCUACCAGGGAACUGGUCUGCAGGCGUUCCAUCGGAGGGUUUUUCAAGCAGUUUUUUUAAUGUGUUCUCAUAUGGCAGUGUUGGUAUAAUGUGUUCUCAUAUGGCAGUGUUGUUAUACAUAGAAAAGGAAGGCUCAGGCCUAGUCUUGUGAAUCUGACUGCACACAUAAUAUUUUUGCACACAGGUGUUGACAAACACAAACACACACACACACACACACGCAGAUGCGCACACAGACAAAAACACAAUGAAAUUAGUGAAAAUCUUCUCAAAACAUGCACUGUUACUGAUUAAAAGACAUGAAAUUCUCCCUUUGUAUUAUAUGUGUACAGUUUGCUGAUACAUUUUUGUAGUUGGCCUCUGCUCUCUUUGCAUUGCUGUGUAACCUAAAGUAAAAAGGAUUGUCUGAAACAGAAACAAAUAUUGACUUGAAAACCGUGUAAAAAACGAGUAAAUAAAUUAAUAAAUACUUUAGAGUUUUUAACAGCG